AUGUUGGCCAUGUACAGCGACCAGGGCUAUAGAAUGAUCCAUUCUCUAACAACUCUAAUUUCCCUCAUCUUCCAGCGACCCCCGGAAUGCAUCAGCUAUGGCCAACUCGGUGACGACAAACCAUCAUCCAAAGGGCCUGAACAGGGGACUGAUAAAGAGCUGGAAAAGCUCUCUGACGAAGCAGAAUUUGAAGAUGAAGUGCCUACCGACGACUCGGCCGCUGCUCUUGUCCUCUUGAAGCAACGCUCGUUGGAUCGCCUUGCUGAGAUCCUAGCCAGGUUUAAGACAGCCAAAACAGGCCCAUAUGGGAAGGGAAAGAGGAACCAGGGCAACAUUGAUGCAAAGCAUGUCGCGAGUGUAGUUAUGGUGGAGGACAGUAGUCUUCACUGUGUAACCUUUUUGUGUUCCAAGAAUGAGGGCCUUCAAGAGGAGGACGAAGUGUUCCUCGGCAGGCUAGACGAGCUGCUUUCUUUUAUUUUGAACGAUAUAGGUCCAAAGGAAGCCCAUGAAUCACAGGUGUUUGAUCUCAUAUUUGAGCACAACAGACCUCGAGCAUUUGAGCAGGCCUCUAGGGCCAAACUGUCUGAUACGCUCACGGCAGAUGUUAUGAAACAUGUAGUACCCCAGACACUGGAGGCAAGGGAGUGGGAAGGUCUUAUUAUUGGCAUCGACGGGAGACAACCCGAACUCUCGCGGGAGGCCCUCGACUGCCUCUCAGACAAAGAUAGGGAUGAAGCGGUGGUAGAGGUAUGCGUUAGCAUCCAGACACUUUUUGGGAUGUCUGAUCUUAGUACCACGCACUAUGACGAGCUACGGGAUUUCCUCAGGCGCUUUUAUACCAUCAUCCAAAAUCCCAGACAGCGGCCAGCCCUGAAGAAUCUACUUAUGCAGGCGCUACAUGGACGCAAAAAGCUUUUCAAAAAAGCUUGGGAUGCCCUUCUCUUCCUCGCUCGAACUUUCCACGCCGCAGUAACAUUAGUCGAGCUGGCUUCAAGGCUUAAGCUGGAGCAUUUCAACUCCUUCAGGUUCAUCUCCGUACCAGUUUCCAUAUUCAAAACUAAGAGUUACCCUCCACUGGGCAAAGGAUUACCGCUGGACGACUUAAUAGCACUCCAGUGUCGGCCACAGCAUAAUGGGUGGGUAGGACUUUUGCAAGACAAAGCAACUGUCAGAAAUUAUAGAAAAUUAUUGCGUAUUCCCAGAUCAGUUCACGCAGAGGUUCAGCUAAUGAUGUACCUUGAGGGUCGCUAUUCUGAUAGCGUCGACCAGGUCUUUCCCUAUAUCGGAUGUAGCAAGAAGUGCUGCUUUUUCUGUGACACGUUUCGGGUGUCUCACGGGAAGUUCUUGGCGCGUGGAACGCAUGAAACGGUCUUUCCUAGGUGGGGAUUACCGCAAGAUGUAUUAGCAGGUGGCAGCUUAGAGUGGCUUGCUCCGCUGAUGAGUACUUUUGCUGCAUCUCUGAGAAGAAGGCUGCAUACGGCGCUCAGCAUGCCAUAUCCUCUCCCCCACAGAAACCUAUGUCAGCAAUCCUCGGCGGCGUUAUCCACGGCGCAGGCCAGGCAAGAUGAUGAACCAAGAUAUUCUGAAAAGCCUUCAACCCUAAGAUUAACCCCCGGGCAGACUGAAGUCUUCAAACUGUUCAUAGCCAUACAACCUUCCAUCUGGCAAGUUCCAGACAUCAACUCCUCGGCCUGGAUCAACUUUGGCUUCUGCUACUGCAAGUCCUUCCGACAGCGCCAGGAGCUCUCUGUCAAGUAUCUGUGGCUGGCUGCCUCCAGUGCGACCUUUGACGACAUAGUCUCCGCAUAUGAAACCUCCACGAUGGCAGAAUUGAUGGCAAAACAUGGAAUUGAUGUGUCGAAUCUAGCUCAAAACGGAAUCCGACUCAAAAGGCCUUCUGGGACGAUCUACUCUGUGUUCAGGCUCAUGAGUGGAGUAAGCCAUGCUCUCUCUGGCAGGUUUUGCAGCUGCUUUAGAAUGCAGCAUGAUCACCCAUAUCAACGCUACUUCGAAACACAUCUCGAUCCUGAGUGUGAAGUAGGCUUCGGCUUCGAUAUGACUAACAGCUGGGAGAGGUGGCAGCUUCUGAAUUUCUACCGGCAUGUAUUCAAGUUACCAGGAUUCGAUCCCCGAGCGAUAGCAGCAGCGAAGGACAGCCAUGAACACGGAGCCCUUGAGCGGUAUCUUGACACUUUGGUUCCAGAUAUGAGACGGAAGAUCUUUGAUAUGGAUCGAGCAGGAUCUGCUCUAUUCCCUAUUCUUGGCGCAAGGAUUAUGGUAACUACUAAAGGUGCAGCGGAAACCUCUAGCUCACAUCUCUCUUUUUACUGUCGGGUGCACGAUGUCUUGGGCCCACCAGGUCUCUGCUAUCGAAUGUGA